AUGGGAGAAUCUUCACCAGCUGUCAGUUCCAUCAAUUCUGAAAAAGAUGCUGCGCUGAUCGUGUCGACCACCGGCCAGUCCGUCCGUACCAUCUUAGUCAAGGAUGGCGCACACACCACUUGGCAAUGGCUUGUGUUCUACAUCUACACUGGGCAGAUCGGCUUCGCGCCCUUGCGCUCACAGGGCACACGCCGGCGCAUGGUCGAGCGGGAGCGCUACCGCUCUGAGUAUCCACAGCGGCCGGUAUUGUGUUCGCCCAAGUCCAUGUACCGUCUCGCCGAUAAGCUUGGUAUGGAUGCGCUCAAGAUCCUGGCUGCCAAUGAUCUCCGGAUGAAACUGUCCUCGGAGAACAUCCUAGAUGAGCUAUUUUCACAAUUCACUUCCUGGUAUCCGGAACUGUUGGAGACACAAGUCGAGUCCUUCUGUGACAACUGCAUUGGCAGCGGCAUCCUCCCCGCGCUCGAGCAGAAGAUAUCGGCCAUCGUUGCUGGCCGGUCGCCCCACGCGGAUGCUGCGCUCACUCGCCUGUUCCGUGCAUGGGUCGGCAGGGCGCCAACACCCAAACGUAUGCCCGCAUUGUCUGCCGUACUACAGAGCAUUCCAGGGGGGACGAGCCGCAAGCGGAACACAGAGGUAAAAAAACAUCUGCAUCUUCUGGUAAGCCGGUGUGCAAACCGCAUGUCCAUUUUCCUCCCUCCUCCGUUCCCAGUUGGGGGCUACAUAGGUAGUGGAGAUGGAUAUCUCGCUGUGGCAUAA